GCAAUACUGUCUAAAGCUACUUCAACCGUAGCGCGAAUCUUCAGUCGCUCUCGAUCUGCCGUCGCGCGUGUACACGUAAAAAGUAGCAACGCUGCAUAACCCUCCCAGAACAGAUUGGGAAAUCUGUUGUUAUCAAAAGUGUUCGGCUGUUAGAUAAGACCCAGUGCCAGAGGACAGCGAACAGAAUUCGACUUCUAAAUUGUGUGAAUUGGCAGUUAUCGUUUCGGACCCGGACCAGGCAACAAAAUGCAUCGCGCGAGAACAGCUCUUCAGCUCAUCAGUCAUCCUGUUGGGCAGCAAAAUUUCGGUUCAUGGCUAAUUCGGCUUCCGUCGUCGAAGCUAACCGGAGAACUAGUUGCGGCGUCCUCUGUGAAACUAUAUAAUUCUGCAGCGGCGGAACCUUUCCUUAAUGGCUCUACGUCCAACUACAUCGACGAUAUGUACAGCGCCUGGCUUAGGGAUCCCGGUUCGGUGCAUGUGUCCUGGGAUGCAUACUUCCGUAACAACUCGUACGAAGCCCCACCGUCAUUGGUGUCCGUUCCCAGAAAUCACGUUCCUGCGUCUCAAUACCUUGGAAGUUCCUUACCAGCCCUGGCAGGUCCUGCUGGCGCCGUCGGCGGUCGGAUUGACGACAAACUUAUUGAUGAUCAUCUGGCCGUACAAGCCAUCAUCCGAAGUUACCAGAUCCGAGGUCAUAACAUUGCCAAACUAGACCCGCUUGGAAUCAGUAACGUGGACCUAGAUGAUAGAAUUCCAACGGAGUUACUGUAUUCUUCCUACCGUUUUGACAAGCGGAUACUUAUGAGUUUAGACGAAGACCUUUAUCGCACGGUUUUAACGCUGACUCGACAGGAAGCCGAUAUGGACCGUAUGUUCAAACUUCCGAGCACCACCUUCAUUGGCGGAAAGGAAAAAUUCCUUCCGCUACGUGAAAUUCUGAGCCGUCUGGAACGUGCCUACUGUAACAAAAUUGGCGUUGAAUUCAUGUUCAUCAACUCGCUGGACCAGUGCAACUGGAUUCGUGAACGGUUCGAGACGCCCAACAUUAUGACCUACACGAACGAAGAGAAACGAUUGAUUCUGGCCCGUUUGACACGUGCUACCGGGUUCGAGGCGUUCCUGGCGAAAAAGUUCUCCUCGGAAAAGCGCUUCGGUCUCGAGGGUUGCGAGAUUAUGAUUCCGGCAAUGAAGGAAGUUAUUGACGUCUCGACCAAGCUGGGCGUUGAGUCGAUUAUCAUGGGUAUGCCACAUCGGGGUCGGUUAAACGUGUUGGCUAAUGUUUGCCGUAAACCGUUGAACCAGAUCUUCUCUCAGUUUGCUGGACUGGAAGCUGCUGAUGAUGGCUCUGGUGAUGUAAAAUACCAUUUGGGCACAUACAUUGAGCGUUUGAACCGCGUCACGAACAAAAACAUUCGACUCGCUGUUGUCGCCAACCCAUCCCAUCUGGAGGCCGUCGAUCCAGUGGUUCAAGGAAAAACUCGUGCCGAGCAGUUCUACCGCGGAGAUGGCGAGGGAAAGAAGGUGAUGUCUAUUCUGUUGCACGGUGACGCCGCUUUCUGCGGACAGGGUGUUGUUUACGAGACGAUGCAUUUGUCUGACCUGCCGGAUUAUACCACCCAUGGUACGGUCCAUAUCGUCGUUAAUAACCAGAUUGGAUUUACUACUGAUCCUCGUCACUCGCGUUCAUCACCGUACUGUACUGAUGUGGCACGUGUCGUGAAUGCUCCGAUUUUCCACGUAAACUCGGACGAUCCAGAAGCUGUUAUGCAUGUGUGCAAGGUAGCUGCUGAGUGGCGUGCAACAUUCCACAAAGAUGUGGUUAUCGAUCUAGUCAGCUACCGUCGCAACGGUCAUAACGAAAUUGAUGAACCGAUGUUCACCCAGCCCCUUAUGUACAAGAAGGUUCGUGGUAUCAAGCCGGUCUUGGACAUAUAUGCUAACCAAUUGAUCAGUGAGGGGUGUGUCAAUGCUGAUGAGGUUAAGGCUGUUAAAGAUAAAUACGAAAAGAUUUGCGAAGAGGCCUUCGAACAGGCUAAAAGCGAGACUCAUAUCAAGUACAAGGACUGGUUGGAUUCGCCAUGGUCUGGAUUCUUCGAGGGUAAGGACCCACUGAAGGUUGCUCCAACUGGUGUAAUCGAGGAAACAUUGAUCCACAUUGGAAAUCGCUUUUCGUCUCCACCGCCAAAUGCUGCUGAAUUCGCCAUCCACAAGGGUCUCAUGCGCGUGAUGUCCGCUCGCAAAGAAAUGGUUGAUAACAAAACAGUUGACUGGGCCUUGGGUGAAGCCAUGGCUUUUGGAUCGCUGCUGAAAGAAGGUAUUCACGUGCGUCUGUCGGGUCAGGACGUCGAACGUGGUACAUUUUCGCAUCGUCAUCAUGUCCUGCAUCAUCAGACCGUCGACAAAGCUACGUACAGACUGUUAUGUCAUUUGUACCCUGAUCAGGCACCGUACACAGUGUGCAACAGCUCCUUGUCGGAGUUCGGUGUCCUUGGAUUUGAGCUUGGUUACUCGAUGACAAACCCGAACGCCUUGGUAAUCUGGGAGGCUCAGUUUGGUGACUUCAAUAACACCGCACAAUGCAUAAUCGAUCAGUUUAUUUCGUCGGGUCAAGCGAAAUGGGUUAGACAGAGUGGUCUCGUUAUGUUGCUGCCCCAUGGUAUGGAAGGUAUGGGUCCAGAACACUCGUCGGCUCGUGUAGAGCGGUUCCUGCAAAUGUGCUCAGACGAUCCGGACUAUUUCCCACCGGAAUCCGAAGAAUUUGCCAUUCGGCAGCUGCACGACAUUAACUGGAUUGUGGCCAACUGCUCUACCCCGGCCAAUUAUUUCCACAUCAUGCGCCGACAAAUUGCGAUGCCUUUCCGUAAACCGUUGAUUCUACUGACGCCCAAGUCCCUGCUUCGUCAUCCGGAAGCCAAGAGUCCCUUCAGCGAAAUGGUAGAUGGAACCGAAUUUCAAAGAAUCAUCCCCGAUGCUUCCGCGGCUUCGGAGAACCCAUCCAAGGUCAAGAAAUUGAUCUUCUGUUCCGGAAGAGUGUACUACGACAUCCUGAAGGCAAGGCGUGAACGUCAACUGGAAUCGGAAAUAGCCAUCAGUCGAUUGGAACAGAUCUCACCAUUCCCGUACGAUCUGAUAAAGGCUGAAUGCGCCAAGUACUCGAAUGCCGAGCUGGUGUGGGCCCAAGAAGAGCACAAAAAUCAAGGUUACUGGACGUAUGUCCAGCCUCGUUUCGACACCGCAAUAAAUUCGACCCGCGAUCUCAGUGUGCAAGACAAGUUUGUGCUGCAGAAAUCAGCCCAAGGAUUCAAUAUUUGCCAAGGCUCCUUCAAUACACCAUCCGAAGAUACACCGAAGGGUCGUAAAGUGAAAAUCUCAUCGAGACCGCUUAGCUACGUGGGACGUGUAUGCGCAGCGUCCACGGCCACCGGCUCCAAGGCACAGCAUAUGAAGGAAUUGAAAAACCUGCUGGAUCAUGCCAUGGCCUUAUAAACGGGAGCACCGUGCAUUACACAACUCUUCUACUCUUCUGAACCACACACACGCGUCUGUUAGAAAUCUGCUUCUAUUCCUAUACCUAGCGACGACUAGUACUUGUAAGAGAUAUUUUUAUACUGAAAAGUUAAAUCAGUGCUACUUAUGAAACUGUUGAUUGAAAGAUAGGUAUUUAUUUAAUAUUGAAAUGAUGUAAAAACAGUACCAAACAGAUUUGAUUAAAAAAGGUAGGUAUUUCGCAUUGAGCUUUUCGAUAAGGAUAUCGAAUGUUGAAUCAAACAUGGUUUUAUUUAAUAGGAUUCUAAGCUAAACAUGAAAAUAUGUAAAUUUGAAGUAUUGUUCGUUAGAAGCUUAUCACAUCGUAGAAUAUCAGUUGAGUCGAACAUUUCUAGUGGGAAGCUAAUGAAAUGAGUACAUAUGAGUGUUUGGUAAUUUUGUGAGGAAAGCUGUCGACAAAUCCUUCUACGAUUUUUGUGGGCACACAAGAUGAGGAAAAUUGUCUUGAUUGGUCCUGAUUGUAAAAUUCUAAGUUAUUUGAUAUUACCCGUAUUAUAAACAAGCACGGAAACAUACUAGCGACAUCUGUAAAAAUUUACAACCUUAAUUUUUCUAACUCGAGCAAACAAACUCGACGAUCUAUCAGUGCUAAGACUAACGAUCUUAUGAGUAAAUUGCAUCAUGUUUUAGCUGUGAUAGCCGAUGAGUUUUAAACGGAAGUUUGCGUAAAUAAUACACUAACCUAACAAAAUAAUAUAUUCAGAUAUCCCAAACUCAAAGAGCAAGUAGUUUCCUUUGCAAUCCUAAUCCUAAAGUUUAGAUCAAGUUAAAUAAAUAUUAACCAAGAAAAUCGAAUUUUCAUAGAAGCAUACAAAUUACAGUUCUAUUUUCUUUUUGGCGAAGUUUUCGUUCAAAACAUUUUUGAAUGGUUUUUUCAAUAAUGCAAAUAAAAUCAAUUCGAUUCGAUGUAACGAAAACAAAAACACUCGAGUGUGUGUGUUCGUUUUAUAGUUUUAGUAAGUUAUUUAUGUGUAAACUACAGAACCGCUAUCAUUAGACUAUUUUUUAUGUUGACCAUCUAACUAUAUGAAUGAAUGGACCGGAACGAUUGCAGAUAAUCAAAACAAUAAAAGAAUUGAGGAAAUCAAGACAGCUGGAAUGUUAACAAAGA